GUGUAGGGUUUUGGUGGCGAUUCCAUACGCAGCUGUGAUUGAUUGGACCCUCAACUCCGUCCCGGCCCCCUCCCCUCCAGAGGUUGGGGUGGGUGGGCAGUUCCCACCCUCCAGUCCUGCCCUGGUGUUUCUGGGGACCAGCCCAUCCUCAGCAGCCAUCCAGGGCCCUGGCCCCCCAUCACCCCAGCAGCAUCCCAGAGACUCUUCUCACCCAGGAUCCUGGGGGUUUUACGAGCUGUGUGCCAGGAAGUGGGGAUGAAGACUAAAUAUUUUUUAUACCACGAAGUGUCCCAGCUCCACCUGACUCUUCCAUUUGCACCUGACACCUUGUGAUCACAAGAUUCAGGAGAUAGGGGACUGAGUAUGGUUGGGGGGCCUCGUUUGGGGAGCUCCCCUCCUAGAGCGUGGGCCUAGGUGUCCGAGUCUUUCAGAGGCUGCAGAGGUGGCUCAGGGCACAGCCAGGAGCAGCACCACAUCCCUCCCCGUGUCCCCAUCUUACAGACAGGGAAGAGAUCCUAGAAAUGCGGGAGAGUUGUUCCCCGAGGGCUUGACAAUGAGAAAAUGGGGAAGAACUGAGGAUUGAGAGGACCGGAGGCUCUGCUGACUAGGAGAGCUUGUCGUCCCGCGAGGGAGUGGUCCAGAACGGCUGCUUCCAGGCCGGGGUGGUGGGAUAGACUAGCUGGCUUCAAAGCCCAGCUCCCCACUGACGCGGGAAGUGGGAAGCAAGAGUUCCUACCAUCCUGUGUCUUGAUUUCCUCCUGUGAAAGGGGCAAGCGCAGGCUUUUUCGCCCCACGCCAGAGCCUGAAAGGGAGCCGUGGAGUUUCCAGAGUCCCCGUUGUCACUGCUGCCCACCCGCCAUGCAGACCCCUGCACAAUGUGCUCCACUUCUCCAACAGGAAUUCACAGAUGACCAAUCAAUUGGUGGAUUGCUGGGGCCACCGUGGCCCCUGGCCCCGGCCCUGCUCACCUGCCUGAGCCUUUUUAAGUGAAUGGUUGGACAGGUGAUCCUGUGCCGCGGUUAAGACUUAAAGGUACAAAAACAACGCAGUGUAGCCUCCCCAGCCUCAGGGGCUCCCAGCUACGUCAGAGAGAACUGCGUGUGAAAGAAAACUCACGCAUGUGUGCACGUGUGUGUGUGUGUAUGUGCUCCUUCCCUUUACACACCAUAGUGACUCAGCACACGGGCCCUCCCAACCUGUCCUGGGACUGCCCAGUCCGAUGCCGAGGAUGCCCAGUGCUCCAUGGGAUGGUCGCCUGGGUCCUUCCAGCCUCUCCCUCUCCUGCGGUGCUGCGGGAAGUCCCCAACCCAGGAUGGGUGUGGGGUGGGGCAGGGAGACCCUGAUGCGGCCCUCAGAGUUUUCAGGGAGGCAGGGUUGGCCCGGCCACCAGAGGGGACAUGGCCCUCCUCCAGGCCCUGUCUGGCCAAAGGGGUCAGAGUGGGCGCCGACAGUUUGUCCUCAUGGGACCCCCAGAUGCAUACCCAGGUGCCCACAGGAGCAGACACGUCCUGGCACACGGGGCCAGUGACACACGUGUGCCGCACACCUAUGGCCACAGGCUUGCACAUGUUCCCAGGCCCACGCGUCACACCCAGGAUUCAGGGCAGGCUGCUCAGCAGCGUGUGGAGUCUGCCCGGGUGUCUGCUAACAAUGCCGCGGAUGGGGUGGCUUCAGGACAGAUGUGUCUUGGCUCCCCGUCCUGGGGGCUGGACAUCUGAGGUCGUGGGCAGGGCUGGUUUCUCCUGACGCCUCUGUCUCUCUGUGUACUCUCCUGGGGUCUCACCCUCUGCUUAUAAAGACGUGAGUCCUCUGGGGUCAGGGCCACCCUCGUGACCUCGUCCAACCUAAUCACCUCCUUAGAGGCCCCACCUCUGAGUACGUGUAAAUUUGGGGACACAUUCAGCUGCUCACACACUAGCACACGCUUGCAUGCACUCACACAUGCCCUCAUGCCUUCACACAUGCACACUCACCCUGUGGGCACUGGUCAUGAGGACACCUGGGCUGGUGACCAGACUCUGGAGCCUGGGGCACUGCUGUCCCUCCCCUGGCAGCUGAUGUUGGGGAGAAGGUCCAGACUGUGAAGGGAUAUGUCUCCCGACUCCUUGUGCUGCCUCAGUUUACCGAUGGGCGCUGUGCAUCCUUUUGCCCAGGGGGUGAGGAUUGGCAUGAACGUGGUCUUCUGCAGGGGGUUGCAGGAGCAGCCCCUCACUCAUCCUCAUGAGUGUGCCCUGUUCAGGGAAAGUGGGUGCCCAGAAGGGGGGAGCUAGGUGGAGGGGCCUGAGACCACCCUGGUUCAGGCAGCUCGGCUGGGCUGGGCAGGGUAGGGGGCAGCCAGGGCAUCUGGCCAAAAGGGCUCCACCUUCCCUGUGAGAGGGGAGUGGGAGGAGUCUAGUGUGUGGGGUGGGUGCAGACCAGAUGGGCUGGAGGAUCCGGCCUGGCCUUGGCGGGGUCCGUACUUUGGCCCCAGGUCUGCACGCUGUAGGAGGGGUCUGGGUUGGUGCCCAGUUGCCGGCUGGGCUGAGCCCGAGAUCACUGGGUAUAGUUGAGAGGCUGGGGGCCCGAGGGGCUGGGGACCCCAGGGCCCAGGGCAGAGGAGAAAGCCACAGUCUGUUGGGGGGCUGCCCAGACAAGCUGCUUUUCCGCCACCGGCCUGGGUCUGGGGGCACCAGCCCUUCCUGGGGCCUCGUUCCUCCUGGCCCCCUCCUCCUCCUGCCCGCCCCACCCCUCCCCCGCAGCCCUUAUAGCCACAUCCUGCAAGGAAAAACCCCAGACUCCUGCGCCGCCAGCGGAGAUGAGGAUGUGUGUGGAGGCUCAGCGGCCCAGGGCACCCUGUGCAGCCCUCCUGCUCCUCGGACUUGUGCUGGGCGCUGCAGCCGGGCAAAACUGUGUUGGGAACACCUACCCCAGUGGCGGCAGGUGCUGUCAAGAGUGUGAUCCAGGGUACGGGAUGGAGAGCCGCUGCACCCAACGCAAGGACACGGUGUGCCUCCCGUGCAAGCCCGGCUACUACAACGAGGCCACAAACUACGAGGCCUGCAAGCCCUGCACCCAGUGCAACCAGAGAAGUGGGAGCGAACCCAAGCAGAGAUGCACAUCCACACAGGACACCGUCUGCCGCUGCCGGCCUGGCACUCAGCCCAAGCAUGGCUACAAGCUGGGAGUUGACUGUGCCCCGUGCCCCCCAGGACACUUCUCUCCAGGCAACAACCAGGCCUGCAAGCCCUGGACCAACUGUACCUCGGCGGGAAAGCGCACUCUGCAGCUGGCCAGCAAUAGCUCGGAUGCUGUCUGUGAGGACAGAAGCCCUCCAGCCACACUACCCUGGGAGACCCAGGGUCCCCCAGCCUGGGCCCCCACCACCCAGCCCACCACUUCCUGGCCUAGGGUCUCACAGGGGCCCUCCAUGCCCCCCACAGAGCCUCCCAGGGGCCCUGAGCUGGCCGCCAUCCUGGGCCUGGCCCUGGGCCUGGGCCUACUUGUCCCCGUGGCUGCUGUGCUGGCCCUGUUCCUGCACCACAGGGCCUGGAGGCUGCCACCCAACGUCCCCAAGCCCCCCGGAGGAAACAGCUUCCGGACCCCCAUCCAAGAGGAGCAUGCUGAUGCAAACUCCACCCUGGCCAAGAUCUGAACAGCGUCUGCUGGGGUGGAGCCAGUGCCUCCUCUCCAGGCUGGGGCCCCAGAGGGUCCACCGGAUCUCAUGGGCAGUGGGAGCACUCCCAGGUGCAGGCCGCUGCACCCCAUCACCCCAUUGCCCCAUCACCCCAUUGCCCUAUCAUCCCAACACCAUCACUCCAUCACCCCAACAACCCACUGCCCAUUACCCCAACACCUCAUCACCCCAUCACCCCUUUGCCCCAUCACCUCAUUGUCCCAUCGCCCUGUCACCUCAUCAACCUAUGACCCAUAACCCCAUCACCCCAUUGUCCCAUCACCCCAUUAUCCCAUCACCCGUCACCCCCUUGCCCUGUCACCCCAUCACUUGAUCACUUCAUCAGCCCAUCAGCCCAUUGUCCCAUACCCCAUUGCCCAUGGCCCCAUAACACUAUGAUCCCAUUGCCCCAUGACCCUGUGACCUUGUCACCCCAUGGCCCCAGUGCCUGUCACCCUGCCCUGCUCCGUUUUAGGUGCUCCUGGGCUGGCCCCCUAGGGCUCUGCUAUGUAUGCUGUGCAUACUCCCUGCUCAGGGUGGUGCCCCAAUAAAUGACGU